GAUAUUGUAUUGCAAAAUGUGUGUUUACAUACCGGUAGUUUUUUCCGAUAGAAAUGUCAUACAAUUGUGCUUACUUUGCAAGUGUUGUGUUUAUGUUUUAACAUUCUUUUUUGAAUUAAAUAUGUAAAUAAACCUGAAAUAUGGAUAACCACCGUUAGUGUGUGUUAAACUUUUUGAAAAUGUGUGUAAACGAGUUUCAUGAACAUGCAACAUGGAAUCGUCUGCUUAUUGGAAACAAAAUGAAUUAUUCUUUGUGUCGCGUGUCCGAGGAAAUACCCAGGUUUGACUUUUCUGUUGUUAGCUGAUGACUAACAAAUAAACUGAAGGUUAAGAUGACCUUGUACAGAGAUAACUGACAGAUAACGCUUGCGUUUGUUUAAAUCAACCAAUUCCAUUCCUUAUACAUAAUCGAUCACUGACCCAUUUACAGACACGAUACAUUACAUUGGUAAUAUGGGAAUGUUCGAUAUUUGAACCUAUUAAGAAGUUAUUCAUUGUCUUUGUGAACAAUAUCGUGACAUUAAAAAAACAGAUGAUCUAAGGUAGAUUCACAUUUAGAAAAAAGAAGUAAAUAUUUGGAGUACAAUGGCAACGACCAAUAAAACAAUAACUAAGUACCACCGACAAAAAGAUGCGGAUAGAAAUUUCCAAAAUUGGAUAAAAGCAUCUUUGGUAUUAAGUUUUGUUAAAGAAGGCAUAACUAAAUGUGUUGACGCGCGCAUAUGUAUGUGGCAUGGUGAAACACUAUACCCUGAAGGAAAGGGACAACCAUGUUCGGAGUGUACGACGGAAAACGUUUUGCUUUGCAAAACAAAAAGCAUAUGUGUUAUAAAUAAAGGACAGUGUAGGUUUCACAAUUCCGAAGAGAAGAAGUUCAAGCCGUGUUCUUGUUGCACGAAAGUGAAGGAUGUUAUCGUUAAAAGUCAUGUCAAUAGAAUGCCAUCGUGGAGUAAUACACGGGCAAACAGGUGGUAUAACUCGCCAUGGGAGAUUGCAAAGUGUUUUAUGCCACCUAAAGCCUACAGCCACGCUGAUUCAGCAGAAGUAACAGAUUUGAACGGGAUUUUAAGUGUGAUUAUCAGCCACAAAAUCUUCAGAGAUAUGUUUGAUUCAGACGAAUGUGAACAUAUACGGACGAUGGUGAAUGGUAUAAGGCAUACAGCAGAUACUCUUUUGACAGAAGAAGAACUAAAUGACACAAUCCGAAAAAUGACUGAUUUUCUGUCUAGUUCUGAACAUCUAAGAAGAGACGGAAAAGCAAAGGAAGCUUUAAGAAAUAUAGAACAGAUAAGAUCGGCUCAGGUAACCAUUUCAUCGAAUGAAAUUUCAUCAAUUCUUCAAGAAGUUAUUGAGAAAAAUUCAAAUCUCUGUCAAAAUAUGAACAAAUUAUUAAGCCAGGCGAUCGAGAUUUUGGAUAAGGAACGCACACAAGAGCUCCAGACACUUGAAACAAUAUUUACUCUUCUGAAAGAUAUUCUACUAGCUGUACAAUGUAUCACAGAUGUGAAACAAACUAUUCCUACAACUUCAGCAAGUACUCCUAAGCCGAUGACAGAACAAGAAUAUCAAGAUACCAAACAAAGACUGAAAUCGGAUCUGAUCAAGUUUAAUAAUCAAAGGCACAGUAGCAUCUUACUAUCACCACUCUUUGGAGAAUCAGAUACACGUCUAGUUGACUUUUAUGUGUUUCCACAGAUGGAAAUAGUUGACAACCAACAAGUUUUGUUUCGGGGUCGUCCGAACGAAAAGCGUAAAUGUGUAACGUCAUUGCGAGAAAUAUUCUUUAAGCUUGACAAACCAUGUCAAGAAAUUUAUGUUACCUCAGAAUCGGGCAUUGGAAAAACUGCUUUUUGCAAGCGGUUAUCAGUAACGUGGUGCCAUGCAAACCAAAAAAAUAAAACACGCCAUUUUUCAGAGGAAGACUUACAGGUCAUGCAAAGGUAUGACUUUUUAUUCCUCGUUUUACUGAGAGACACCGUCUCUUCUUCAUGUAAAAUAGAAGAGAUGAUACAAAACCAGAUCAUUCAGCAUCUUGAUCAUUCAAAUAGAUACACUGUGGAUGUUCUUGAAGAAAUACUCAGCCGAGAAUCGUGCCUAAUAGUCUUAGACGGGUUGGAUGAAUGGUAUCAUUCUACAGGAGAUACUGCAUGUAAGGCUGAGAGUUCAGACAUACCUCACAGGAAAUCUUGGGAAUAUUCCACAAUCCUUACUACAAGCAGGCCCUGGAAGUUCAAUGAUCUCAGUUUAAAAUCAAGCCAAGUUGAUCAAGUAAUUGAAAUUCAAAAGUUAGAUACAGAUAUAGCAAAUAAGCUAACACUUAAUACAUUAUCAAAAUUAAAUGAAGAUGAAACAGGUAAAAGCAAUGCAUCAAAAAUACAAACAGAUGCCGUUAAAUUCAGCAAUGAAAUAGGAAGUAAAAGCAUUCGUUCGUUUACGUCAGUGCCCCUUAUAUUGACAUAUUUAGUUUGUUUGUGGCAUGUCUAUGGACAAUCCCUUGGACGCUCGAAAUAUGAAAUUUACUGUAAUCUUAUAGGUCUACUUCUUAACGAAGCUGAGCAGAGACAAUACAGUAUCAGUUCCAGUGAACGUUCAUGUCACAAAAAGAUAAAAUUACAUAUACCAAACCAAAUCGCAGCAAAUGAAUUUUGUAAGAAACACUACGAAUUCUUGUUAAAAGUAGGACGCCUGGCAUUCGAGACAUACUUUGCAUAUAAUAGGGAAAAGUCCUUCGCCUUUGAAAAAGGUGCCGCUUCAAAGAUUUUGACGGACCAUGAACUUAAGUUUUGUUUUGAUGUUGGAUUUUUGACACAAAGUAAACAUCUAAAUUCGAACAUAUCCAAAAGGUCAAAGCUUUCGUUUCGGGAACAAACGUUGCAGGAAUUCUUCGCUGUACUCUACAUGCAAUCAGUUAAUGCAUUUUCAAGAGUAGUAAGAACAAUUUCCUUAGUAUGUAACUCUGUUGAAAGUAUACUUCCUAUUUCUAAUAUUUUGAUUUUUCUAAGCGGACUUUGUCCAAAAAAAGCUAGUGUUUUGUCAAAAACAUUAUCUGAAAUGGCUUCGUUAUCAGAUAUUGCUCGUGGAUACAGAAGCGAUAUGGGUUCAUGGAACUACUUUGUAGGGUACAAUAAAGCUAUGAAAGCAUAUCAAAGCAUGCAUGUUGCAUGUAUUGAAGAAUUUCGAGAAAAUUUCACAGACGGAAAGCAUUCAAUCAAACUGUAUUUAGAAGAUUACUUUAUAGACAUAGAUUUCGAAGAUAAGAAGUAUUCUUGCUUUCUUGAGGCACUUCUUGAAAUGAACAAAACACAGAUCAAAUCAAUUAAAGUGAGAGAUGUAAAAACGAAAAAAGGGUUUCACGAGAUAAUGGAUACUCUGGAGCGACACAAAAUAAACUCAUUAGAAAAAAUAGAUAUUAAGUGUGAAGUUGAUGAAGUGGAUCUUGAAAACCUUCUUGCAUGCAGCGCUAACUGCCUGAAGUGUUUUAUCUUUAAAGGUGGUAAGUGGGAGAAUAACGAGUGGCAGCAUAGUUACAAAGCUUUAUCGGAAAACAGUUUGGUAUCAAUAACAAAUACCAAGCAAUUGGAAGAACUGUAUCUCAGAAAUAUUGAAAUGACGCAUCAUCAGAUAGAAAGGCUUGUCACAUAUAUUUCGAAACAGAAGAACAUGAAGCAUAUUGGACUAAGCUUUAUAAAGUGCUCUGAGCAUUCAGAGUCGUGCCCCGGUAUUGAAGUUGAUCUUCAAAAGCAUGCUGAGCUGAAAAUGAUAGAAAUCGGUGAUGCGCCGUUCUCAAAGAUUGACUUAAACACUGAUUGUCUAGAGGUAUGUUACAUAGGUCCUUUAAAACAUGAGACAGCAUAUUCUUCCGUCCUGAAAAGCAUUUCUGAGGCACCAAAACUGAGGGUAUUCUGUAGCGGGUUCAUGGAGAUUCAGAUAUUGGAUAUUUGAACGAAUAUUUUCCUUUAUUAAGAAGUGUACAGCAGAUGUGGCUGAUGGAGAUGGAUCUUGGUGAAAGAAAUCUUGCGAUAAGUGCUAGCUCAUCUAUUGAAAACGUUUUUAUGAUUAAAGUGAAAAUGACAUGCGAAACAUUCAAAAACUUGAUUGAGUCUUUGAGUACAGCCAGAAAAAGUAUCAGGAUAGGAUUGUUUGAAUGUGCUGUAGUUCCUGUACAUAAAUUUAAUGCAGCAAAAGAUUUUAUUAAGAGAUCAGAAUCAUUUUCAGUUCUAUUAGACGGCAGGGAUGAAAACGGUCGAAGUGAGUUUCUCUUUCGGACGUCAGCAGAUUCUACAGAUAUAUAGCAUUAUAUUGACGUGUUCGAGUGAAGCAUGGGCAGCCAAAUGAAAAUGAUUACAGUAUUGAAAGAAAAUAAAACAGUUUAGAUAAAAAGGACGGUAUUUUUUUUGAAAAGAAGGGCAAAAAUAAGUAUGUAUGAAGAAAAUACUGAUAAGAUUUUAAUGAUUGAUUAUUUUGAUACAUAUUUUUACCUUUGUAUCUUUUCAUGUUGACGGUAAUGCAGGGUAUCGGAUUUUACAUCUGCUUUUUAUUUUAUUUUAUUUUGAAGUAUUUCAAUAGAACGAUUAGAAAGAGUACAUCUUAGUAGUUGAAUCAACGAAAAUCUUUUUUCCUUAGCUGUGGAGUGUUAAAAGUGUGUUACCUUGAUCUUAAUGUAACGAUUAUUCCCAUUUAAUAAGGAAUCUUUGAUUCUUUCAUGUCAGUAAGUUUUCCAUUAAGCUAAUAGAAGGUAGAUUUUUACGGUGUCUCUGGUUUUUGAAAUAAUGCACGAAGGGGUACCGGAUAUAUUUUUCCACAAGUAACGCUGGAAAGUUGCCAUAUAAGCUGGGUCAGCGUGACUUAAAAUCAAACACAAAAUAUAUACAUUGAACAAAACAGUUCUUAUAGCAUAAUAAGCAUGCAAUUCAAAGCAGUACAAUUGACCCACUCAACCAGCAACGAAUAGUAUUCUUUACGCAUUUAUAUGUGUAUAUUCCCUCUGUUUUCAAUUAGAGAAAAAAUGUCCGUCCGUACAAUUCGACAUCCCGUAUAAGACAAAACUCAUUUUAAAGUAUAUGAAAACACUGCAUAUUUAUUAAUAAACGCUAUGAAUCUAUAUGAAAGGUACUUGUCUUUCAGCAUCCAAUUGAUUUUUACAUUAUACCUCACGAUGACGAAAAAAUAAACCUAUUCCUCAGUUAUGACGUGUCAAAAUAAGGUUGCAGUCGAUACGAUCCGGUGAAGCCAAAAUAUUGUUUUAAUUAAGAUAUGUUUCGAUUAAGCUUUAGUCAAAAAGUUUAAUCUACUUGCUAGUAUGAAAAUGCUACUUUUUGUAAAUGCUACUUUAUAUGGAUUGAAUAGAAUUGUUUUAUUAAAACAAA